GCAUGCUACCCAGUGGGGAAUAUGGCAAAUUUGUCAUCAACAAGCACCUCGGCCGCAUCGAGUCUGCUCCAGAGCCGAUGCUUCUCUAUAUGGAAGCACUGCUGCACGCAUAUACAUCUUCGCCGUUCCCAGACCCUCUCACUAGACGGGCUGGCACCGAGGAGGCAUUACAAUGGUUAAGCUCCGGGAUCUGUCAACCCUGGUCUCCCCUUCAUGGCGGACCAGUCCAAGUACUAUUCCAGAUCGCGUAGCUCAGUCCACGGCAUGAUUAUUAUCCAACCGACCUCAAAGUCAUGAAAUCCGAUCACUGGGACAUGAUCUUAACGGAAGGUGUACAGCAUGAAUUGUUCAGACCUAUUGCGGAACAAAUUCUGUCAAUCUCGGC